AUGGAGGGGGCUCUGGUGAGUGCAGCGACCGGGGCCCUGAGACCCAUCCUCGGGAAGUUGUACACCCUGUUUGGUGACGAGUACAAGCGAUUCAGGACUGUGCACAAGGAGAUCAAGUCCCUGACUCGUGAACUCGCUGCCAUGGAUGCUUUUCUCUUGAAGAUGUCGGAGGAGGAGGAACCCAAUGUGCAAGAUAAAGUUUGGAUGAAUGAGGUGCGGGAGCUGUCUUACGACAUGGAGGAUACCAUCGAUGACUUCAUGAAACAUGUUGACGACAAAGACACUAACCCCGAUGGCUUUAUUGAGAAGAUCAAGAGCUCGAUAUGGAAGAUGAAGGCUCGCCGCCGAAUCGGAAGCGAGAUCCCAGAAUUGAAGAAGCAAAUCAUUGAGGUUGGCGACCGGAAUGAAAGAUAUAAGUCUCGAGAGACCAUCUUCAAAGCCCACGAGGCUUCCUCCUACACUAGAAAUGCAGUUGUUGACCCUCGAGCUCUUGCCAUCUUUGAGCAAGCCUCAAAACUCGUCGGAAUUGAUAAACCCAAGGUUGAGAUAACCAAAUUAUUGACUGAACAAGAAGGAUGUGUGUCAGCAAAAAAACAACUGAAGUUGGUCUCUAUAAUUGGAUGUGGAGGAAUGGGCAAGACAACUCUUGCAAACCAAGUGUAUCAAGAUCUCAAAGGAAAAUUCGAGUGUUGGGCCUUCUUAUCCGUGUCGCGAAAUCCAAAUAUGAUGAAUCUCUUGAGGACUAUUCUUAGUGAAGUUAGUGGACAAAGUUAUGUUAACACAGAAGCAGGAAGCAUACAACAACUCAUCAGCAAGAUCGUCGAUGUCCUAGCAGACAAAAGGUAUUUUGUUGUUGUUGACGAUAUAUGGGAUGUGGAUACAUGGGAUGUUAUUAAGUGUGCAUUCCCCAUGACCAGUUAUGGGAGUAUAAUAAUCACCACUACUCGUAUGAAUGAUGUCGCAGAAUCAUGUCGAUCAUCAUGUAGUGGUUGUAUCUAUAAUAUGAGGCCUCUUGAAAUGGUGCAUUCAAGGCAACUAUUUCAUAGAAGACUGUUCCAUUCCAAUGAAGAUUGCCCUUCAGAUCUACAAAACAUUUCUGAUGAAAUUUUGAAAAAAUGUGCUGGCUUGCCUCUCGCAAUAAUUGCCAUAUCUGGUUUAUUGGCUACCACAGAAAGAACAGAACAUAUGUGGAAUCAAGUUAAACAUUCAAUUGGUCGUGCACUUGAAAGGAACCGUAGCGUCGAAGCAAUGAUAAAGAUAUUGUCACUUAGCUACUUUGAUCUUCCUCCUAAUCUCAAAACUUGUCUCUUGUAUCUGAGUAUAUUCCCGGAAGAUUCUGUUAUUGAGAAGAAAGCCCUGAUAUGUAGAUGGAUUGCUGAGGGAUUUAUUCAUAAAGAUGGUAGAUAUUCAGCACACCAGUUAGGAGAGAGGUGUUUUAAUGAGCUCCUCAAUAGGAGUUUGAUCCAAGUUGCAUGGACAAAUGAAUAUGGUGAGGUGGAGAGUUGUCGAGUUCAUGACAUAAUUCUUGAUUUCAUCAUAUCAAAAUCCAUUGAAGAGAACUUUGUAACUCUAGUCGGCAUUCCGUAUAUAGCUACUAGGACACAGAGCAAAGUCCGCCGUCUCUCUCUCCAAGUUGUCGAGGAAGGAAAUUCUAUAAGAAAGAUAGACAUGGUAUUGUCUCAUGUCCGAUCACUAAAUGUGUUUGGGCAUUCCUUGGAAAUCCCUCCUCUCAAUGAAUUUGGGCAUUUACGUAUUUUGGACCUUGAGCUUUGCCACCAAGUAGUAAACCACCACAUAGCAAAUAUUGGGAGGUUGUUUCAGUUGAGGCACCUGAACCUGAGAUGGACAGAAGUAAGUGAGCUCCCAAAAGAAAUCGGACAUCUAUGUUUCUUAGAGAUGCUAGACAUAAGAGGCACCCAAGUACAAGAAUUACCAUCAACCAUUGUGAAUCUCAGAAGAUUGGUGGAUAUGCUUCAUGACAGUGGUGUUAAGCUUCCUAUUGGAAUUGAUAAGAUGCAAGCAUUGGAGAUGUUGGAAGAGGUCAAUGCCUAUAGGCAGCCAUUUAACUUCCCGCAAGAACUUGGACAGCUACAGAACCUGAGGAAGCUGGCCCUCAAUUUUGAAGGUGGUUCCAUCUCUGUACAGGAACAUGAAGAGGAACAGUGCAAUAAAUCUAUUGCUUCUGCUCUUCGCAAACUAGGCACUCAGAACAUUCGUUCUCUAACUACUGUUUGUGGGGGGCGCUUCUUACAACAGGGACCAUUGUGCCCUGUUCCUCUUAGCCUCCAGGAAUUCAUCAUGACCAAGGGCUCACAUGUGGAGCAGGUUCCGAAAUGGGUAAGUUCCCUUGUAAAACUCCAGAAGUUGCGCCUGGAAGUGAACAAAUUCACGCAAGAAGAUCUGCAGGUCCUUGGAAACUUACCGGCAUUGCUCAUUCUGGAGGUGAACGGACUGGGGAAGUAUAGCCGUACAACCUUCACAGUUAGCCAUGAAAUUGGGUUCCGAUGCUUGAGGAAGCUUUUCUUGGGAGCAUGUGAUUGGAUGGUGUUUGAAGCAGGAUCCAUGCCUAAGCUAGAAAAACUUGAAAUUGGAAUUUGUUUCUACAGCUCAUCCGAUUCUAGCACUGCUAGUGGUAGUGGUGGAAGUGCUUUCGAUUUCGGAAUGGAAAACCUCCCAUCCCUCAUUACUCUCAAAUUUGCAAUAUAUGGCUGGAAUGAUAGCACUCUGGCGGCUGCACAGGCUGCUAUAGAGAGAGCUGUCGGUACACAUCCCAACCGCCCUACUCUAAUCUUUCAGAAAAUGAGGGGCUAG